AACCUCUCUCCUCUUUUUAUAUUUUUUGAACUAGGAAUCAAAUUUGUCAAUUUCCUUUAACUUCAAUUCUACUUUAAAAAAAUUCUUUAUUUUUGUUUCAGCUAUUGAAGUUCCGAUUUCGCUUUGGGGAAGCCUCAACAGCCCUUUUUAUCUUCCAUUUUGUUGCUUGUGAGGAGGAAUGCCUCAACAGAUAAAAGCACCCAAGCAGGUCCCUUCCUUUGAGUAUGAACUUUUUGAAGGGGACCCUGACCUGCUUAGGACUGUUGUGGCUACACCAACUCAAACUGCACCAUGGAUUGACCCUUCCUCAUUGAAACUGAAGCAUAGGAUCGGUCGAGGACCUUUUGGCGACAUUUGGCUAGCUACUCACCAUCAAUCAGGUUUUGAUUUUCAAGAAUAUCAUGAAGUUGCAGUUAAGAUGUUGCAUCCAUUGAAGCAAGAACAUAUGCAAAAGUUCAUUGAUAAGUUUGAAAAGUUGUUCUUGAAGUGUAGAGAGCUCCCUGGUGUUUGUUGGUUGCAUGGUGUCUCUGUUGUAAAUGGAAAGAUUUCCAUUGCUAUGAGAUUUUAUGAAGGAUCUGUGGGUGAUCAAAUGGCUCAAUCAAAAGGAGGCAAGCUCUCACUGCCUGAUGUCUUAAGGUAUGGGAGCCAAUUAGCAAAAGGGCUCAUCCAGUUACACUCAAUAGGGUUGUUGGUUCUCAAUAUGAAGCCUUCCAAUUUCCUUAUAAGUGAUCAUGAUCAAUUAGUUCUUGGAGAUUUUGGAAUCCCUUAUCUACUUCUCGGGAUUCCGUUCUCCGACUCUGAUAUGGCACUUAGGCUUGGAACUCCUAACUACAUGGCUCCAGAACAGUGGGAUCCUGAAGUACGAGGUCCUUUAUCUUUGGAGACCGAUGUUUGGGGAUUUGGGUGUAGUGUAGUGGAAAUGUUGACCGGUGUUCAGCCAUGGUUUGGGAAAUCGUCUGAAGAAAUUUAUCACUCGGUUGUGGUUAGGAAAGAAAAACCACAUGUACCGAGUGGCUUGCCUCCAGCUGUUGAACAUGUUAUCAAUGGUUGCUUUGAGUACGAUCUUAGAAAUAGACCGUUGGUUUCAGACCUUUUACUUGUCUUUGAAAGCUCACAAAAUGCUAUUCAUGGUGAUGGAGGAUGGGUUGGCCUCGGAAGCCGACCAAUCAAAGAAAAAUCAGUUGGUAAUGGUUACACCACUUGGUAUCUCUCCAAGGAUCAUCUUCAAGUGGGCGAUACAGUUCGGUCAAGAAGCCCUCUGAAUGCCCGCAGACCUCAUACCGUGGAUGUUCGGGAAGGAACUAUUGUUGGUUUAGAUGGUGAUGCUGAUAAGAAUAGCUUUGCUCUGGUGAAAGUUCCCGGAAUGCACAAUGCUCUCCGAGUCCAGGAGUCAACACUCGAGAGGGUCACAUUUGGUUUUGCUGUUGGUGACUGGGUCCGCUUGAAACAAGAAACCAAUUCCCAUUCUCCUGUGGGAAUACUACAUGCUGUGCAGCGCGACGGAGCCGUCUCAGUGGGAUUUUUAGGAUUAGAGACUCUCUGGGUAGGCAAGGCUUAUCAGCUUCAAAUGGCUGAACCUUACUAUGUCGGGCAGUUUGUGCGGCUCAAACCAAAUGUGGUUACUCCUCGGUUCGAAUGGCCACGGAAGAGUGGAGGAACAUGGUGCAGUGGAAGAAUUUCAGAAAUACUUCCAAACGGGUGCCUCGUUGUAGAGUUUCCAGGUAGAUUUGUUCUCGGAAACGAACCCAACAGAUUCCUAGCCGACCCCAACGAAGUGGAAUCGGUGUCCUUCGAUACUUGUCCUGGUAUAGUCGAGAAAUACCAUCAUGUUGAGGAUUUCCAUUGGGCAGUGAGACCACUGGCAAUUGCCUUUGGUUUAUUUACAGCCAUGAAGCUCACUAUAUUGAUGGGGCGCGGGAUAAGCGCACGACUGAAGAAAAACCGGCCGAAUAGCCAAGACAGUGGUGACCGGAAGUCGGGAUGGAGGAGGAUAUUUAGAGAUGCUAGUUCCACCACCAAGUAAAUUAAGGAAGAAGUGUUAAUCUAAGAUGAAACAAAGCACAUAUAAAUAAGGUUGUGAAUAAGUAGCAGACAAAGGUGUGUAAAUAUAUGUGACGAAGUCUGAAUGUGUUUGAAAAUGGGAUGACAUUGAGAUUGCUUGCUUGUAUAGGCAUUUUCAAUA